GUCGACCGGCAAAGUCAUCGGAGGCCGGUUGAACUCCCAUCGAAAGCGCGUGAUAACGCACACACACACACACACACACACACACACACACACACACUCACUCACUCACUCAUACACACUCUCACUCUCACACACACAUACACAUACCAAACUUACACACAUACACUUAAACAGGACAUACACAUGCUCACAAAUAUAUGUACACACACACGCACGACAUACGCGCGCGAACAGAAAUAUUCGCGAACGACGCGAUUAGUGCGCUCGUCAUACGCCGGCGACGUGUUAUACCGGUUUGUGAAAAAAAAAAAUAAUUAUAAUAAUAAUAAAAAAAUUUUUAUCGUUCCGUGUGUCCUCUCUAUCGAGUGCCGCCGUGUUACACGCACACUCCAGGCGCCAAAAUGAAUUCAUAUAGCUAAGGCUGUCUCAGACAUGGGAAGCGAGCACUACUGUCUCCGGUGGAACAAUCAUCAGAACAACCUGCUGGGCGUAUUCAGUCAACUGCUCCAAGAAGAGUCCCUCGUGGACGUGACGCUCGCCUGUUCGGAAGAAGGCCGACUGAUCCGCGCCCAUAAGGUAGUGUUAUCCGCGUGCAGCGCGUACUUCAAGGCACUGUUCCUGGACCACCCGACCCGGCACCCGAUCGUGGUGCUCAAAGACGUUCAAUUCUCCGAACUCCGUGACCUGGUUGAGUUUAUGUACCGGGGCGAAGUGAACGUGGACCACCGACAGCUGACCACCCUGCUGAAGACGGCCGAGAGUCUAAAGGUCAAGGGGCUGGCCGACAUGGCUCGCCCCAGUGACGGCGACGACGACACCGUCGGCGACCGCGUCGAGCUGGUGCCCGCCGACAGGGAUGACGAGCCUAUGGAACCGGAAGACCUGCGACCGUUGAGCCGAUGUCGGACGCCGGUGCCAGCCGAGAGUCGUACCCCGUCGCCACCGCCCACCGAGAGCGACGACAACCUGUCCAUGCAAAGCGAACCCAGCGACAUGACCACUGUCUGCAGGCACGACGACCAACCGUCCCCGUCCGGUUCCGGUCUGCCGCCAGUUCAGCAAGUACCUUUGUUCUUGAAGAAAGAAGCUGACUGUGACAAGACUGAUGACCGAAGCAUUCAAGGGGAAAGCUCUUCAGAAUACCGGAGUAUACCAGAUCCGGAACGCGACGGCAGGACGACGACGACGACACCUACGCCAACGCCAACGACGCCGACACCGGCUACGAUGACGACGACGACGGCUGCGGCGGACGCUAUUGUCGCUUUGACCACGACACCGACGCGGUCGUACACAUGCUUGUACUGCAACCUAACGUUCCCGCAUCAGAGCAAACUGACGCGACACAUACUGUCGCACAGCCUGGACAACAACCAACCCGGCGGCACGUCGUUUACGGACCCCGGCGGUGGCGGCGGCGGCACGACCGUACCACCGCCUCUGUCGUCGUCGGCGGCGCUGUCGCUGUCGCUGUUGUCCGCGUCGUCGUCGGCCGCCGCUGCGGCGUCGCUGCAGCAGGCGUGCGGCAUCGCUGGCGCAAUGGACGACGGCGUGGGCGGUACGCUAUGCAAGUUUUGCGGCAAAACGUUCCCGGACGUGGCCACGCUGGUCGGCCACCUGCCCGCGCACACCGGCGACCGGCCGUUCAAGUGCGAGUUCUGCGGCAAAGCGUUCAAGCUCCGGCACCACAUGAAAGACCACUGUCGCGUGCACACCGGCGAACGGCCGUUCCGGUGCGCGCUGUGCGGCAAGACGUUCAGCCGGUCGACGAUACUCAAAGCGCACGAGAAGACGCACUACCCGAAGUUCACGGGCCGACACCGGUUCGUGUCGUCGCCCAGUCCCGAAGAGGAGCCCGGAGGAGGCGGUGGCGGCGGUGGCGGAGGAGGGAUGUUAGUUGGCGGCGGAGGGUUGGGGAAUUUCGGAGGCGGAAUGGCGCAGGCGGUCGCGACGAUCGCGUCCGCCGCCGUCAGACCGUUCGACUUGACCGUCAUCCAGCAUCAUCAUCACCACAGGCACGGCAGCGGGUCACCGCCGGCCCCACCGCCGCCUCCGCCCACGCCACCAUGACGACGAUUGUUUCCUUAUAGGGUGUAGUGGAAAUGGGGUCGCGCCAGUGGCCGUUCUCUACGCUCAGAGUCAUAUACGAUAUACUAUUAUAUAUUUUGUUACGUUGUAAUAUCCGUCAUAUAUUAUUAUUAUUAUUAUUAUUAUUAUAUAGUUAUUAACUUAUUAUUAUUAUUAUUAUUAUUACGUCGUCUUAUUCGCUACAUUAUAUCCGAGAUAAACUGAAGACAUACACCGCCAUGACGAUUCGUAUAGGUUUUCGUAGGUAAUUGUUUUGAACGUAAAAAAAAUUAAAAAAUUAACAAAUUAAAAAAGUUGAACUACCCGAAUUCGAAAAAUGCCGUCCGAUUUGAAUCUAUUGAAAUUCGUGUCCGGCGGCCGGUGCGCUUUCGCCCCCGUGCACACGAUGACAUAGUCCUAUAAUAUACGGCUAUACACUCACUACUAUACGUAUUUAUGUCGUGUACGCGAACCGCAUUUCGCAUUUCGUGUAUUUUUUUUUUUAUUUUUUUUUACACGCUUUGUUGCGUGACGAAAAACAAAAACGAUCGCCACCAGAACGUUUAACGGCUUCGCCUUCUCCUCCUCCUACCACCCCCCCCGCCCCAUUUAUUCACCCCACUCGCCGUCGUCGAAUGUUAGGAUCGUACGCGAAAACUGUUCAAAUAUUUUAGGUUAGAAUCAAUACCACGCGCCGCGCCGUCAUUCAUGCAUGCCUCAUAUUAUUAUUAUUAUUAUUAUUACGUACACACGUAUAGCGGUGCCCUCGUCGACUUUCGUUCUGUGUCGGCGGCAAAAUUGGCCUCGGUCAACAAAUUGUCGGGAAGACAUGGCCAAUAGGUAUAAUAACAAUAAUAGUAAGGUAGGUACGAUAUGCGCACCGUUAAAUACCGACGGAAUAUGAAAUAUACCUAUAUUUCGUGCGCAGUGAAAUAGUCGACUGGAACGCCUUCGCGCCGGUAGUCGGGGCGUCCUGCAGUACUUUUUACCGAAAUCGGCCGCAAAUAAAUUGAAUACGUGUAGCUCGUAAAAUAACACAAUAGAUCAUUCGUGGUUUUUUUUUUUUUCUCGUUCGAUAGGUAUACCCGUCAUAAUUAAUACACGCGUUAUUGAAUUGUUUUUAUGUCCCCCCCCCUUUUGCACCGAUGUUUGAUUUAUUUCGGACAUAAAGUACGACAAAUACACGUGAUACAUUCAACUGAUCAUUUAUCCCAUUAGAUAUUAUGUAUUCUUAUCUUUACCACGUUUGGCAACAAAACUAAACAGCCCGUGAUUGCCGUUGUUGGAUCCCGAACAGACGAUUGAAUCUGUACGUGUAUUAUUUAGUGCAUAUAGCUCAUUGCACGUCCCGUCCUCUUUCGCCUCCGUGAGCAAUAGCAGAUCGCCGUAAAGUUCUCAAUUAAAAUGUUAACAAUAAUAAACAAUAAUCACUGUUUUUAAAAUACAUUUGAUUUGUAUUGAAAAGCGUUUUCAUACACAAGCCAGAUGUUCUCUUUUCACGCGGAAUUGACAGAAGUUUAAAAGAGUUGGACGCGCAUCAUUUAUUAUUACGCCGACACGAGGACAUUUUAUUCAUCCGUGCAUUGUAAUUAUUUUAAUACUCUCAUGAAAAAAAUACUCCUUUUUUACGUUCGAACUAAUUACCUUUGAAAACAUUACAUUCAGCUAGAGCCCUUGAGUACUUCUAACAUUAGUAACAAUUAACGGUGUGUAUAAUUGGUUAAGGAUUCAAAAAUCAAGAGAACAUUUUUUAACGUAUUUAAUUUCGUUCAUCAUUAUUAUAAUGCUCUAGCGCCUAUUCAUAAGUCAGUAGAUUUAAUUUUCUGUGAUAUGCAUGUAUAUAAUAGAAUUUAUAUAUUUAUAUGAAUAAUUAAACAAUAUCUAAUUUUAAAUAACAGAAGUAGGCGUUAACAUGGACCAGUACAGCUUAUUAAUAUAACAUUCAAAUGUACUGACAUUAAAAUUUCGAAUCUGUUUUAUUAUAAUAUUACUAGUUCCGCUAAUGAUGAUAAAAUAUGGCGUUAAUAACAUUGUUAUUGUUUAUUUUAUUUAUUAGUUAACCAACCAAAAAACUACUUUACUCUCAUUUGGUUUUUUUAGUUACUAUCGAAUAUUUAAUUAUACGUAUUCAAUAAAUAUAAAUACAAUUUUGGUUUAAUUCUCGGAUUCAAUUUUUUAAAUCGUUUUUCAACGAAUUCAGUUUAAUUCGUUCGUCCAUAUUUUAAACUUUUAAAUGAUACUCAGAAUGUUAUAAAAAUCCAGUUCAUCGUUAUAAAUUCAUCAUACGUGUAAUUUAAGAGUAUCGCAAAUAUUAACCUCAUAAAUAUUUACAUAUUUUCCCGAAGACACGUGUGCUCAUAAAAGCUUGCGUAAGGAUCAAAAUAUUAUAUUUUCUAAAAACAUUUACUAUGAUAAUAUAUUAUAUACGUUUUACCAGUCAUGUCACCGUUUUUUGUUAAUUAUUGGCACUCAAUCGCAAAAUAUAAUAUAAGUCAUUUAAGCUUUUUAUUUAUUAUUUGUUUGUUAAAAUCUAUGUAACACGUGUGAUCAAAUUUUCUCAUUUUCAUAAAAUUAUUAUUAUUAUUAUUAUUAUAUAAUUAAAACUAUAAAGUAGAUUAACACAAAAUGUGCGUAUUGUCGAAUUCUAUACCAGAAUGAAAAUAGCGAGAUGUGAAGGAACAAGAAUGUGAUAUUUUUUCGAUAGUUGAUUAGAAUAAUAUAUUGUAUUAUAUUACUGAAUAAGAUUUCUUUUUAAAGAUAUUAUUUGUACUGUACUUAGUCGUGGAAUGUAUCAAUCUAUACAAAAAGUAUAGCAUCAAAUAAUAGUUUUAUGUUUUCGAAUAAUUAAUAUAUUAAUAAAAAUGAAUAAUAUAAUAUAGGUACCUACACCAUAAUUAAAAUGAUUAGAAAUUAGGAUUAUAUUUAGUGUUUUAUUAGUUAUUUGUACAUAACAAUACCAACUAACUUAAAUUUUAUAUAAUAAAAAUAUUUUUCUUUAAAAUAAAUGAUAAACUUGUCAAUAAGGAUGUAUCAAAUCCGUCUCAUAUAUAUAAUUUCAUAAUAUGUAGUUAACAGUAAAGUUACUAAAAAAAAAAUUGUACAAUUUUAAUGGCAAGUCUCAAUUUAUUGUUAUGGUACAAAAUACAAAUGUCACUAUGUGAGGAAAUUAUCUCAAACAUUAAUGUUUCAUGAUUUAAUUCUAUUCAGUUUGUUGAUGGACCAAAACGAACGUAACAUAUGACCUGAACUCGAACUGAGCAGUGGUAUUUUUAAACGAUAUAUAUAUGGCCAUAUGGGCUUAAUUUUAGGUUAGGCCAUGGUCGUCUGCGAUUACCGUGGGUUAGGAUUAAGGUGUUCCGACUGUGAUAGGCUACAUAUGUAUGGUAUUUAAAAGAUUUGUUAUAAAAUAUGUAAACAGGGGAUUUGAAAGACAUACUCUUGAUGCUUUGUAAUCUUCGUCAUUGCGCGCUCCUAACCAAACAGCGCUCUAAUUCUUAUCACUACAUUUUAUAAAGUUAAUAUCUAAACAUAAUAAUAUAAGCUCAGAAUUACUACCUACGUAAAGGAAGAACAUUCGAUAACGAUAACCAAGUCAUGUAAUGCUCAACUCGUAUAUACUUUUUAGCUAUAAUGCGCGACCAAAGUCGGCUAUUUAACUUUACGAUAUCAUAUAUUAUUAUUAUUAUAGUAUUAUAUGUUUCGGGUAAAACCUAAAGACAUGUGGUAUUUAAAAAAUAGCGAAGUUUACAAACACGAAGGAGAGUCUUUAAAAAUCUCCUGCGUUUAUUAAGUAUCUUUUUGUUGUUAAAUCGAUUAAGUUUUUUUUUAAUUUUUGAAAGAUCUUUUAAUACAUUUUAAGCAUUUAUAUUUGUCACCAAAAUCAUUUAUCAUUUUCAGAAGCACUUAUGCACACUAUUUUAUUUUUAUCUAACAGCACAACCAUAAUGUUUCUUAUAAUGUUACCCAAUUAUUAACGUUGUGGCCCAAUGCAAAACGUUUAUGUAUAAGAUUAGGCAGUAUUUGUAUUAUGUAAUGAAAAUUCAUUUUUCAAUAACGCGUUCGACGACGAUGAUGAUGUGAACCCCGAGUAGCGUAUAAGAAAUAAUUUUUAGUAAAUGUGAUAACGAUAUAAGUGAGAACAUCGAUUAUUUUUUAUUAUUAGGUGCUAAAAACAUUAUAAGAUUAGCUUUUUGUGUAUUUUAUUAUAGUUUUUUUUUCUGUCAGUGCAAU